CACACUCACACACGGACAGGCAGAGUUUUCCACUCCUAACACAUGGGCUGGGGGAGCUAAGGAAUCUGAGCCUGGCCGUGGGGAGGAGUCUGUUCCCAAUGCUGCCCCCAGCCUGAGAUCAUUGAUCCUAGCUCCCUUCCUCUGCCCAGGAGGAGCCCCCAGCCUCAUCCUUGGUGGGGAGGAGAGGCUAGAGAGUUACCAUGCUGUAGGGGCUUGUGGGGAGGGAGGGAAAAGAAGGAGCUCUGAAGUGAGCAUCUCUGCGGACUGGGAGACGCCUGUCAUGUUCGCCGAGCUGCUCUUCCAGACUGUCUGUGUGUCUGUAUUCCUUCAAGGGGCCCAAGGGAGAGUCUACACAGGAAGGAAGAAGCUUGCCAACUUCGCCGUGGAGAGACGCCGUGUGGGGCCACAUGUUUGUCUCUCUGGGUUUGGAAGUGGAUGCUGCCCUGGGUGGAUACCAUCUCCAGGCAGUGGACAGUGCACCCUGCGCUCCAUCCCCAAAUCUCUAGGAAUUUCCCAACCUGGACCAGGCAACCAAACUGCCCCAUCAGUGGCAAGGGGAGACCUGGCAACCCUAGCACUUUGUUCCUUUGGCUGUGGCAGCGGUUUGUGCAUUGCUCCCAAUGUUUGUUCCUGCAGGGAUGGAGGGCAGGGCAUUACUUGUCACGAUACUCCUAGAGCCUGUGGAGAAUAUGGCUGUGACCUUGCUUGCAACCAUGGUGGCUGCCAGGAGGUGGCGCGUGUGUGCCCGCUGGGAUUCUCCAUGACAGAGACUGCCAAUGGUGUUCGGUGUGCAGACAUUGAUGAGUGCCUGAGUGCCUCGUGUGAAGGCCUGUGCGUGAAUACUGAAGGAGGGUUCGUGUGUGAAUGUGGCCCAGGGAUGCAGCUUUCUGCUGAUCGACACAGCUGUCAAGAUACUGAUGAGUGCUUAGCAACACCCUGUCAGCACCGCUGCAAGAACAGCAUUGGCAGUUACCGAUGCUCAUGUCAGCCUGGUUUUUACCUGCAUGGAAACCGGCACUCCUGCCUGGAUGUGAAUGAAUGUCGCCGGCCCAGUGAGAAGCGAACCUGUCAGCACUCCUGUCACAACACAAUGGGGAGUUUUAUGUGCAGCUGUUACUCAGGCUACCGGCUGAGUGUGGACAGAGUGUCCUGUGAAGGUUUUUCAAAGGCCAGCCUGGCCCCAUCUCCAAUUCUUCAGUCUCUCCAGCAUCCACCCACUGUGCUGCAUCUUUCUCCAGAGUCUAUGGCACCUGUUCAGCCUCCCAGAGGCUCCCCUCCUUCCAGAGCUCCUGCUCCACAGAUUGUACUCACAACUCAGCCCCCUUCCUCUCUCCUGUCUAUUUCUUCUACACUUCCACCUGCAGCCUCUCCUACUCAUACAUUCCCUGCAUCCAGUCCUUCUUUCGACAUGGCCCCUUUGCUACGAACUGCCAGGCCCUCAGUGAUGACAAGCCAUUUGCCACCAUCAUUCCUAUGGGAGGAGGUUACACUACCCCCUUCCCCAAGUACCCCUUCUCCUACAGUUUCCCCUGCUUCCCUGCCUUCUAUCUGCUGGCAUGAAGGGGUUCCUCAUGAGAAUGGCAGCCAUUGGACGGAGCCAGGCUGCUUGAAUUGCUCCUGUGAGGGUGGGCAAGUGUUGUGUAUAGCAGUGACAUGCCAGAUUACCUGCUCCCAUCCAGUUCCUGCAGAGGAGGGGAAGUGUUGUCCUAGCUGUACAGGCUGUUUAUAUGAUGGAAUUGCCAGAGCUGAGGGGGAUGUUUUUGCUCUCUCUGAGGAGAACUGCACAGUUUGUGUCUGCCUGGCAGGUAAUGUAUCCUGUAUCUCUCCUGAAUGUACACCUACGCCAUGUACCAGCUCUCCCCAGACAGACUGUUGUCCCUGCCAGCCAGCAGAAUGUCAUUUCCGUGGGCUGACAUACGUAGAAGGAGCUGAGUUCAGCCUGGAUGGAGAUGACUGUACCACCUGUGUGUGCAGGCAAGGUGAAGUUGAAUGCUCCUUCACCCCUUGUCCUACUCUGGAGUGUCCUCGAGAGGAUUGGCUGCUGGCCCCAGGGCAGUGCUGCUACACCUGCCGAAAGGCUGCAUCUGUGGCAGGUUGCUUUGUGGAUGACAAUGGAGUUGAAUUUCCAGUUGGACAGAUCUGGUCACCGGGUGAUCCCUGUGAGUUAUGCAUCUGCCAGGCAGAUGGCUCCGUGAGCUGCAAGAGGACAGAUUGCCUAGAGACAUGUCCUCAUCCAAUACGGAUCCCUGGCCAGUGCUGCCCUGACUGCUCAGCAGGUUGUACCUAUGCAGGAAAGAUUGUUUACAAUAAUGAGACAUUCCCAUCCAUCUUGGAUCCCUGCCUAAGUUGCAUUUGUUUGCUGGGCUCUGUGGCUUGUUCCCCUGUGGACUGUAUUGUCUUCUGUACAUACCCUUUCCACUCUGAAGGGGAGUGCUGUCCUGUUUGUCAUGAUUGCAAUUACAAGGGAAGGAAAGUGGUGAAUGGACAUACCUUUGUACCAGAGGGUGAACCCUGCAUUCAAUGCACCUGUCAGCUCGGAGAGGUGAGCUGUGAAAAAAGGCCCUGUCCAAGCAUCUGUGCAGAGCCUCUUGUGCCUCCUAUACAGUGCUGCCCAGACUGCCUAGGUACCAAAAUGACAGUUGCCCUGGCCUCCUUGGACAACAGACUAUCCACCUCUUACACAGGGGUUGAAGAAGCAGAGACAGACAUGCAGACCUCACAAACACAUUCUAUGGUCUUGAUGCCUAAGGACAACUGCAGCCUCUGCAACAGUACCUCUGCACCUGCCUCACUAACUCCAGGGGUUCACCUUACAUCAAGCAAUGCAACUACUUGGAAGACUCAGCAUGCGACUCCAACUGCACCAGGGAAUGGUGGGCUCCAUUCAAACAGACCAGAGGAUCUCUCCAGGCUGCAGCCCAACAGACCACCAAGUGUCAGACUUCCUUCAUCUUGGCUAGGCUAUUCUGCAACCCCUCAAAUAAGGUCAAUGGACACUCUGCCACUUCUCAGUAGAGCAGAAGGGGUCAGGCCUCAUCCCACCAGAAUGAGUUCUUUUGGCUCCCCUUCAACUCAUUCUCAGCAGCCAACUUUCAUUACAAGGACAACUGGAACAUCUGUAAUCUCCACUGCUGUUUAUGCUCCCACUCCAUCUACUGCAGCUAACCACACUGAUCCCAUAAGUGGCCCUGUUGGUCCUUCGUAUACCCCCAGCUUUCCUUUGCCACCUCCACAGUCAGCAAGCCACAUUCCAGACUUUCCUUCUCAAGAACUUCCUGGGAGCCAAUCUCACACAACUGAUUUACCUGUGGGUCAGCAAACAGUGGGGACCAGCCCUACAUUGCCCCCGGGUGAUGAAAAUGACAUCAAUAGCACAGAUCCAUAAAGAAGGACCUGUUUUGGACAGGAGUAAUAUAAUCACUUCAUCCUCAUAAAUAAAGGAGGACAUCUACAGACAGGGUUGCCACUAGCGGUGGGAACUGGCCCUGCUGUUAUUUAUCCAUGACAGCAUUCUGUGUCUUUUUGAAGAGCAGGUGUUUUUAUUGUAGGAAUUAUUUGAAUCUUACCCUAAUGGUGAGGAGAUGAGACCAAGUCUGCCUACCUAACAAAUAUCUUCCUGGCUGUAGAAGGCAGUGGAAUGUCUUUUCUUUGCUAUCUCAUGAAAUAUAGAUUCCAGAAGUUCCUGCUGCUCCUUUGGGAAUGCAGAUGUUGAAAGAUAUGUGGAUUAUUACCAAGGACCCUCUUCUAAUUUUGUCUCUUUUUUCUCGAUGUUGCAGGAUUGGUGUGCUGCAAGCAGGGGAUGUCAUCCCUUUGCAGAUGCCAAGUAGUAAAUCUCUUCACAGGCCAGGUGUAGCACAGAUAUCCCAUUGCUGCUUGCAGACCUAUAUGGGAACUUCAGUGUUGAAGUUAAAGUGACCUAUUUUUCAUUGCUGCCAAAAGUAUACCCCUCUGACUAAAUUGUUUUGAACAUAAUCAUACCUACUUUUACUGUGUAGACUUGCUGGCAUGUGUUAAUCUAAUACUAAAGCAUUUAGUUCUUUUGUGCUUUAGUAACAGCUAUGUAAGGAGUUCUACAGCUCAAAACAUUAUAGUGUGGUAAAACUAGGUUUAUAUUAAAUAUAUAGUUUGUGCUAUCUAAAUUUAAACAUGUUCAUACAGGUCUGUAGGGAAUUUUUUUUGUAUAUUUUGACAUUUAAAAAUCUUAACUGAAAUUCAUGUAGAGAUCAUAAAUGCAGGAUACCAGCUACCAGACUCCACCCACCCACCCAACUGGUUUUUUAUGGUCCUUGGAUUUGUUUUGGGAUUGCAGGGUGUUUCCAGCCCACUCCUCAAGCUGGUGGCAGGAGAGGCUUUGGGGGGGAAAAACUACCUCAGAGAGGUGUCUAAGUGGAGGACAUCUACAUAAGACAUUUUAAAUUAUACAAAUUGCCAUGGCUUCCUGCAAAGAACUCUCAGCACUGCAGUUUUGUGAAACUUCCAAGAAUGCUUUGUUGAUUAUUAAUGACUCUUCCAUGAAAUGGCAGCUCCCAGUGUUUCUUAGUUAUAUACUGUGGCAAUCAGGUUUGGGGUUGGUUUAAAUGUACAGGGUCAUCUUAGUAAUUGGACACAUUUAUGCUCAGCAGCUUGGAAAAUGGUUUGAAAUGAUCCUACCAACAUCUAGCAUUCACUGUAUAGGGUAAAUGUAGAGAUACAGGGUACACAUGCAGGGAUGUGUACAUAAUGUAAAUGAGGAAAUAUCCAACAGUGGCUAUACAUUCCACACAGCUGGCUUCAGGGUAUCAGUUCUGGGGCUGACCCAGGAAAAGGCCUAAAAGACUUAUCUGUCUUUCCCCACAGCUACUUCAUACUCUUCCAGUUUAGAGCUCAGAAACUGUACUAAAUAAAGAGCAUAUAUGUGGGGCGGAGCAAGUCCUAAUUCUCUUGCCAUUGAAUCUCUGCCUUAUUGAAUCUCACACAUGAAGCUGUGUCAGACCAUUAGUCUAUCAUGGUCUGUAUUAUUUACUGAGAUUGGCAACAGCUCUGCAGAGUUUCAGGGUCUCAGAUUAGGGUCUUUCAUAUCACCUGUUACCAGUAUUCCUAUGGCAACACACCUUCUCCUCAAACUUCUUCACAUUUGACCAUUAAGGAAGACCAUUUUGUAUUAUUCUUCUCACCCGUGAGACUAUUUGUUUUUGUCCUAGGUUCCCAAAGUCCUUAUGAUGACAUAGUUUAUUACACAUUUUCCUGGGACCAAGUUGUGGUUUUGGCAUGCUAUCAUAAUAGGAAUGCAGGCCUCCUAUUAAAGCCUCUCAGUAUCUCA